GUAUUAGUGCCCGAAGUAGCGAAUUACGAUCUCCAAUCAGUGACAUUGACAGUUUUGAUGGAGUUUUUCCUUCGUUCAUUCACCAUUACGGACCCUCAACAAUAACAUAAGUUUCUAAAGGCAUUGAAAAUACUGCCCGUCUUUUUUGUAUUACUUUAAUUGGCUUAUUACACAGGUGAAAGGAUAAUCAAGCUAUCACAGUUGGAAUACAUAAAAAGCUGAAAAUCCUAAUCACGUGUGCCACACGUACUAUUGUACAUUUUAGCCAUGGAAGUAAACAAAGACGAGGCAAGACGGUGCAUUGACAUCGCACUCAUGGCCUUCAAGUUCGGCAAUAUGGAGAAGGCUCAAAAGUUCGCAGAGAAAUCCAGGCGACUAUUUCCCCUCAAAGAAGCCGACGAUUUGAUACGGAUUAUUCGGAACCUUGCAUCCUCCUCAACCAGCAAGCCCAAGCCAACGACACCGACUUCAGGCGACGAAGGUACCCGUCGAAGAACGACCACCAAGGAGAAACCACAGGAACCGAAGCUCAAUGUAGAUUACACUCAAGAACAGUUGGACGCUGUCAAGCGGAUUAAGAAGUGUAAAGAUUUCUACGAAGUACUGGGCGUUAAAAAGGAAUCUACCGACUCUGAAAUUAAAAAGGCCUACAAAAAAUUGGCCCUGCAGUUGCACCCGGAUAAAAACAAAGCGCCAGGAUCAGUGGAAGCUUUCAAAGCUCUUGGAAACGCUGUCGCCAUUCUCACGGAUGUUCAGAAACGCAAAGAGUACGACCUAUAUGGAGGUCAAGAGAAUUCCAACAAUCAUCGUUCCAACCACUCCAGUAGCGGGGGAUCUAAUCAGUAUGAAUACACCUUCGGCCGAAGCUUCGAGUCGGAUAUCAAUCCAAACGACCUGUUCAACAUGUUCUUUGGUGGGGGCUUUCCGCCGCAACAUGCUCGCGGCCGCAAUCGUUUUCAAUCUAACGAAUCGCAAUCUGGCAGCCAGCCGAGCCUGAUCUUCGGGCUAGUGCUCUGCUUCAUUGUUGUAUCGAUGCUGUCGACGUUCUUUGCUUCGGACCCACUCUACAGCCUUCAGCAAACCCCUAAAUACUUCGUAGAGCGUCGCACCUUGAACUUCAAAAUCCCAUACUACGUGAAGGAAUCGUUCGUAAGCGAGUACCAGGGUUCGCUCAGCCGGCUAGAGCACUCCGUCGAAGAGGAAUACAUUCUAUACAUGAAACGGAACUGCUUUAACGAACGUAAUUAUCGGGACGCCAUGAUGGUCCGGGCCAAGAACUUCGGUAGCCGAACACAACUCAACCAAGCCCAACAGCUGAAAAUGCCGUCUUGUGACGCUCUAUAUAAGUUGGGAAUCGGUCGGGUUAAUUACUAAAGCAGUUUUUUUUCUUUCUACGGACGCGUUUAUCCUAAAUCAGAAUUAGAUUGGUUUCUCAUUAAUGUACGGUAUUACAGGCUUCAUUGCUGCUCAUGAAAUAUAGGUCAAUGGUAGGUGGAAAGCUUAGGGACGACGCAGGAUGCCAAAGAUCCAAUAUAUCUCGUUAUGUUCUGAUGAAUGUUCAAAGAACAUAUUUCGCCUUUUUCGUACAACGAAGUUUUGUCUGGUAGUCGACCAUGGCGUUCAAAAAUUAUGAACGUAUAUCGUAUUAAUGGCUGGUGUCUUGUAUAAUAACAAGAAAAGCAGUAACAUCACUAGGCGGAUACAUGUUUUAUUUUAAAUAAUUUAGUACCGAUUAUAGCUUCUAAUUACAAACACCAGCUACAUGAUACCGAUUUUGUGAAAUAACUGAUGAUGCACUGUCAUUUAUACUUCGCCUUCUACUUCAAUAGCACUCUACAUUCCAACCGGUACUUUUCCUUCAACUUAGUUUUCUAUCUUAAGCGUGGAUGGGUGAAUCUUCUCGCGAUUUCCAGCAUAACAUACAGUAUUGAAUUCGGCCAAAACUGAAUAGGCGUCAUAGUUCUUCAUCGUAAUUGGUGCCAUCUUGCUUCAAUUUAAUGUUUUUUCGAUGUUUCUCCAUGCAUUUUUCCAUAUGAACUUCCGGCCCAUCAAUAAAUUUAAAAUAGUUUUUUUUAUACUAAUUUGAGCCACUCUAGCAGAGUAUUUGGUUUUUUGUGUAAUAUUGCAGAUCAUUUUGUUUUUUUUUCUCUAAGCUUAAAAGUGCAAUCAAUCACGACACUAUUUUUUUUCUUACAAUGAUCGACUAAGAUAACUCUCUCUUGUGUCUUUCGCUUUUAUUUUGGCAAGAGCUUGAUUAGUACACAUUACACACACAUACAGACAUCACUUCAAUUCGUCGAAGACACUUUGAAUCUUCAGGCAUCCUAUCAAAAAAUAAUUUAAUUGGGGAAUAUAUAGCCGCUCAGUGUACGAGAAAGGUCAAAAUUAUUUUGUAGAUAUAUUUAUUCAACAUUCCUUUAGUGAAUCAAUGCGGGAGCUCUAUCAGCAAGCUUUAAUAAAUGAAUCAUAACGUCUAAUAACA